UUUUGAAAAGUCAGACUCAAUUUUGUGUAGUCCCACGUACAACAGAUCUAAUAAGGACAACGAUGAAGAUUGCUCUAUUUGCACUCCUUUUUGGAGUUUGUGCAGCAUUGCACCUCACUCCAGAAUUAGUUCAAGACAACAUCCAAGGAAGAGUUGCUGACAAAGUAUUUCUUCAAAAACAAAGAGAUCUUUUACGCCUCUUAAGACAUGUUCACCAACCAAACACUUACUUGGAUCAAGUUGAAAUUGCAAAAACAUUCGACAUCGAAUCAAACAUCGCCUUAUUCGAAAAACCUAUUGUCGUACAAGAAUUCAUCCAAUUAUACCGCUAUGGAAUGCUUCCACAAAAAGAAAUCUUCUCGAUAAUGAAUGAUGUUCAUCGUCGUCAAGUUAUUGCCGUAUUCCAUUUGAUGUACUACGCUAAGACAUACGACACUUUCUACCGUGUUGCAUGUUGGUGCCGAGAACACAUCAACCAAGGUAUGUUCGUCUAUGCCUUAACUGUCGCCGUCUUACAUCGUCCAGACUGCCGUGGAUUAAUCUUACCACCAGCAUAUGAAAUCUACCCAUACUACUUCAUCAAUCAUGAAACCAUCAAAAAAGCCCAAGAAUUAAAAAUGCAAGAUUUUGCAAUUUUUAAACCUGAAGUAUACCAACGUUUAUUGAAAGAUCCAAAAAUUAUGGGUAAACUUCCAUUCACACAAGAUUACGAACACAUGACACCAGUAUACGGCAAACUUCCAAUCUCUCAAGAUUAUGAACAUAUGACACCAAUUUAUGGCAACUUGAGAACCGAUGACGUGUUAAUCCAAAACCAAAAACCAUGGAUGUACCAAAAACCCACCAGUUCAAUCUGGAGCAAAAAACCAUGGAUGAUGGUUGAUGACGUACAACGCCCAUAUGUUACAAAAGACGUUCCAAUGAUGAAUGAAUACCAAAAAUCAAUGUACGGUCAAGUUCCAACAUACAUGGACAAAACUUACUACGGUAAAACUAUGGACAAAACAUCAUACCUUCCAAAAUACAUGACCCAUGACGAUAUUUUAGUAAAAAAUCCACUUUUAUACAAAAACAUGUUGAACACCGUACAACAAAACUUUGUACCAGAAGUUUACCAAACUGUUGAAGACGGUAUCCCAACUGUCAUUAUCCCAACCAACUACAGUGGAUGGUACUUAAACUUGGACGAAGAACAACAAAAAUUAUCUUACUUCAUGGAAGACAUUGGUUUGAAUUCAUACUAUUACUACUUCCACAUGGACUAUCCAUUCUGGAUGCUUGGAACUGAAACCGGUUUAAACAAGGACCGUCGUGGUGAACUCUACUUCUACACACUCCAUCAAUUAAUCAACCGUUACUAUUUGGAACGUCUCUCAAACGGUCUUGGUGAAAUGGGUAUGCUCGACAUCACAAACCCAGUUCCAUAUGUCUGCACAUUGGUUUACGAAAAUGGAUUACCAUUCCCAAUGCGACCAUCUAAAACAGAUCUUGUUUACGAUGACUACACAAAAUAUGUUUACGAACGAAUUAACAUCUUAGAAAAAAGAAUCAUUGACGCUAUUGACUUAGGCUACGUUAUUGAUGUUACCGGAAACAAAGUGCCAAUCUACACUCAAGAAGGUAUCAACAUUCUCGGUAACAUAAUCCAAGGUAAUGCCGAUUCAGUGAACCGUCGCUACUAUGGACAUUUACUUAAAUGGGUGAAAAUCCUUUUGGGUUACGCUGGCAAACCAUUAGACAACUACAAAGUACAACCAAGCACAUUAGAAAUCUUUGCAACUGCAAUGCGUGAUCCAAUGUUCUACCGUAUCUACCGUCGUAUCGUACACUACUUCUUAAACUACAAAAAGAACUUACCAACAUACAAAUACACCGACUUAUUAUACCAAGGCGUAAAAGUCAACAGCGUAGAUAUUGAUGAAUUAAUCACAUACUUCGACUACUUCAAUGUUGAACUUAACAACGCUUUGUACAACGACUUCACAGUUACCGACACCGAUGUACCAAAAGUUUUAGUUAAAGCACGUCAAAUGCGUCUUAACCACAAACCAUUCACUUACCGCAUCAACGUAUCCAGCGACAAAACAACCAAAGCCGUUGUCCGUGUAUUCUUAGGACCAAAAUACAACGAAAAAGGACAAUUGAUCAAAUUCGAAGAAAACCGUGUCAACUUUGUCGAACUUGAUAAAUUCUUAUACGACUUGAAGACUGGUGAAAACAUGAUUGUACGCAACUCCAGAAACAUGCAUCACAUUGUCAAGGACCGUACAUCUUACUACACCUUGUACCGUAAAGUAAUGGGAGCUUUACAAGGAACAGAAGAAUUCAUUUUAGAUAACUCUGAAGCUCACUGUGGAUUCCCAGACCGUUUACUCUUACCUAAAGGUACAGUUGGUGGUAUGGAAUUCCAAUUAUUCGUUGUAGUCACACCAUUCCAAGGCACCACUGGAGUCAACUCCAUGGUUAUGGAUCAAGAUUUAAUGUACACUUGUGGUAUUGGAUCUGGUAUGCGUUUCAUCGACAACCUUCCAUUGGGCUACCCAUUGGACCGUGAUAUUGAUGUUACACAAUUCUUUGUACCAAACAUGUACUUCCAAGAUGUUGUCAUUCGUCACAUUGAUGAAACAACAAUGAGCUACCCCCCAACAAUGAUGUUACGUAAUUAUUAAUUAUUUAAUAUGUUUUCUGGCUGUCAUUGUUUUUGUUGAAAUGGUCUUAGUUUUUUUUACAUGAAUAAAAUAGUUUUAGUGCAAUAAUAA